AGUUGGAACGGCUGCCACUUGUCCGGACUUCUGAUGACUGUGGUCACUGCGUGGCUUCUAGGAAUCUGGUAUUUUGCAGCAAUACACCGCAUAACAAUAGGAUAUUUACUUCAGUUGUUGCCGUCAGAAAUUAUAUAUAAAAUAAAAAAGUGACAUCUGCUGCAGCAAUUGGUUUCAUCUUACGUUUGGUAAAAUGGAGAGCACGGAGACCGAAGAAUUUACACCGCGUCCGUAUCAAGUGGAUUUGUAUGAGAGAGCUCUUAUACAUAAUUCCAUACUUUAUUUGCCAACCGGUGCCGGCAAAACUUACAUCGCUGUCAUGUUGAUCAAGGCCCUGAGUCCAGCCGUUAGGAUACCUUUCUCAGAGGGUGGAAAGAGAACUAUUUUUGCUGUUAACACGGUGCCCCUUGUCAUACAACAGAGCGGAUAUAUUGCAAGACAUACUGGUCUCGCAUGUACUGGGUACAGUGGGGACAUGAAAGUAGACUUCUGGAGUGGCGAUAAGUGGAAAGAAGAAUUUGAAAAGAAUCAGGUCCUCGUGAUGACAACGCAGAUAUUCCUUGACAUUUUGGAGCAUGGUUACAUGUACCUCAAUCGAGUGAACCUCCUCAUUUUCGACGAGUGUCACCGAGCUGUUGGAGACCACACGAUGCGGCAAAUAAUGAGAAAGUUCGAGAAUUAUCCUGAGAACGAGCAGCCAAGAUUUCUCGGUACCUCAGCAACUUUACUGAAUUCCAACGUUAAAUUAGAAAAAAUUACCGAGAGUGUACACGCUCUGGAGAUCACUCUCCAUUCAAAAAUUAUAACGGUCGAUACAUUGACUUCAGUAACAGGCUACGGUAAACCAAAAGAGAUAUUUGUCGAGUACGGGCCCGUUUCCCGUCAAUUUGAUCCCAUCAUUUCCGUUGAACUGGCACGUAUGAUAGAAUUUCUGAGCAGUGUUGUAUUGGAAGUGCCCAAUAGGAAUGAAGCAACCAGUCAUAUCUUUCAGCCACAGCAGAGGGCCACAAAACUGAAAAACAUCAUUGUUGACAUCCAACAGCACAUAUUCAGCCAAGAUCUUUAUGGUGGGAGCAGAGCAAUCCUCCUCCACACACUGCAACUGGAAAAAAUGAAAAAGAGUGUUAACGACGCUGACACUCUCAUAGUUCUGAACUAUCUCGUCUCCCAAUUCACAUUUCUCCGACAUGUCAUUGAGAACGAGAUUAAUAGACAGGUGCUGACGGAAUUUGAGAAAAUUACCAAUUACUCAUCAGAGAAGAUAAUGAAACUCCUAGAACUAUUGCGAAAGUAUUAUAAUGAUUACGAAGGAGCUAAAACAACUGGAAUAAAUAAAUUCUGUUGCAUAGUAUUCGUACGUCGUAGAUUCACAGCUAAAGUUCUGUACCAUAUACUAAAAAAUGCAUCACAGAGUAGUAAGAGGUACGCCUUUAUUAAGUCGGAUUACAUACUUGGCUUUUCAGCAAAUCCAUACAAGAACUCAUGUGAGGAUAUCUGCAUACAGAAGUGGAACAGAGAGGCUCUGAUUAGAUUUCGAAAUGGUCUAUCGAACAUUUUAAUUUCCACAGAUGUAUUGGAUGAAGGUAUUGACAUACCUCUCUGCUCUCUGGUGGUACGGUACGAUUUGUCCACCGACUUCAGAUCCUAUGUGCAGAGUAAAGGUCGAGCACGCUCCUCACGCAGCAACUACGUCAUGAUGAUUUCCUCUACAGAUGCACAAAAGGAAAGAUUACAGCAUCAAACCUACAGUAGAACAGAAGCCAUAUUGAGGACAUACCUGACAGGCAACACUGAUGCGAGAUCACUACCAAUACCUGAUGAAUUGAAGAAGUUUCUUUACUCCACGGAAAUUGAGCCAUACGUGAUUGUAGGAUCGAAUGGACAGCUCUCUUCAAUUUCAGAUAUCAGUGCAAUCAGUUUGGUUCACCGUUACUGCACUAAAUUGUGUGGAUCUAAAUUUGUGCGAUGUAUACCCACGGUAAAAAAUCACAAAACAAACGACGAACAAAAAUUUCUUGUUUCAAUUACAAUGCCAAUAACAUCUCCCCUGAGAGAAGAAAUAUUUGGGGACAUCAUGCCCAGCAUCACAAUGGCUAAACGCUCAGCUGCAUUAAAAGCCUGCAUUGCUCUUCACAAAUGUGGAGAAUUGAAUGACAGAUUACUACCAUUAGAUACCAAAGACAUCAUCGAAGAUACAACACUUUUGUUAGUGAAUUGGAAGGCAGAGGAUAAUGCUGCUCUGAGGUCUGUCCCUGGCACUUAUGCCUGUAAACGUCCUCAUAAUCUUAAUCAUCCUGAGGAAUUAUGUCGAGCUUAUCCUCAGCCGAAUGUUGCAUCCUAUCUUCACGUCAUUAAUGUGCAACCGAAUUAUCCAUGGCCGUAUCAGGAGAAGCGACACAGAGAACAGGUGUUUCACAAUCUCCUCAACGAACCAUCUGGAUUUGCUAUUUUGUCCAGUAAAAAAAUGUCUCAAGUUCCUGGAUUUCCAUUGUUUAUGACUGUCGGGCCCCUAGAAGUGGAUAUCAACGUCAACCACAGUCAAGUUGUUUUAUCCUCCACUGAAAUUGAUCAUUUGAAAAAUUUCCAUUGUGUGUUAUUUGAAGACGUAUUGGGGGUUGUUAAGCAUUUUACAAUGUUUGAUAAUGAAAAUAUGGAGGAAAAUUAUCUCAUUGUGCCUAUCGACGCUAAUAAGAAUAUUGAUUGGAGCAUUGUUAAUGAAAAUCAAGAGAUUCUCAAAAUUCCUCAUUCAUCAGGAGAUCAACCCCAUGAGGCGGCAUCGACGACAGCAUUGGCGAUGAUGGAAUACGCAAGUAAUUGUAGUAGUAAUGUGGUAUACAAUGAUGACGACUGGCAGUUAGUGAAGCCGAAUUAUCGAGAUACUGUUUACAUCGUUACUGAAAUCUGUCGUUCUCUGAACCCCUUUUCUUCAUUUCCUACUAGUGAUUACCAGAACUACCAGCAUUAUUACGCUGAGAAACAUGGUUUGGCGAUAACAAAUUUCAGGCAACCCUUGCUGGAAGUCAAGGCCAUAUCUACGAAUAUUGACUACAUCAAACCAAGAGGUAGAAGUGCUUCAUCAAAAAGAAGAGAGAGGGACAAUUUUGAGGAGCAUUUGGUGCCAGAAUUAUGCGAAAGAAUAACAUUUCCGCGUCUCUAUUGGCUCAAGGCAAUGUAUCUACCUUCGGUGAUUCAUCGACUCUCCCAGCUGUUAAUUGCUGAGGAUUUGAGGAAGAGAAUAGUACGAGAGACAGGUCUGGGAGUGAUCGAAGUUGCUAAUGGGGCCUGGCCACGUCUUCAAAUCUUUGAGGAUAAUGACAAAUUGGAUACAUCGAGCGCUUCAGAUAAAAGUAUGGAAGAUGAGGAGGAUAACGAUUUCGUUGACGAUACCGAGCAUGAACGAGAUGAUGUGAGGGAACAGGAGACUAUCGAUGAUUCAGAGGGUUUCUUUCAGAUGCUAGAUAGUAUGAAGAAUGCAGAGCCUGAACUACCUGCACCACUGGAGGUGGAUAUUCUGAGUUUGGAGUCUACCGCGUACGGUUGGUCGAAGGAUAAAGAACCUAUUGACCUCGAGAGGAAUAUUGAAAAGAUUCAACUUAUCGACGUCGAGUACUAUAUCCAGUUCACCAAUGUUCGGUCGAGGAAUGAAGAAAUCCUCAAGAAAAAAUGUGAGGCCUAUCGUUUUGUUAAACGCCCCAACAUUCCAGCUCCAAAACUCCAGAUAGCAGAUACCGAUCAGACAACUGUUGGAACUCUAUUGACUGGUCCAACUCCACUGGAAAUCAUGUACGCUCUGACAACGAAACCAGCCAGAGAUGCAUUUAAUCUGGAACGCUUGGAGACCCUGGGAGAUUCAUUUCUCAAGUACAUUGUUUCAGCCUAUCUUUUUGAGCGUUAUCCAUUAUACACUGAGGGUAAACUCACAAUUUUCAAGGGCCAGGUCAUUGGCAAUCGUCAUCUAUUCUAUUGUGGAGAAAAUAAAUCAAUUCCAGGAAGUUUAAAGAUCGAUGACUUUGAAGCCAAGAGUAAUUUCACGUGUCCCUGCUUCAAUGUUCCUAGAGAAAUUCAGAAAAUUAUUAGAGACGAGAACAGUUCACCAAAUGUCUUGUACGAGAUUUAUUUGAGUUCUGAUGAGAGGAAAAAAGGUGAAUUGUCAGAUAAAACAAAGGGAAUAUCUAGCGAGACUAUUAAAUUCUGGUCGCAGAAAGGAAUGAGUAGUCAUACGAGAACGGAGAACUACCUGGGGGUCCAGAUAAUCAAAGAUAAAAUGGUAGCAGACUCUGUGGAAGCUUUGAUCGGAGUUUAUCUGAAUGCAAUGGGUCCUGCAGGUGCCACGAAGCUUGUCAAGUGGUUUGGAAUCCUCCCUGCAGACGCCAAUGUCGAGACCAUUCUUCAUGGCAAAGCUAGAACUUCCAAAUUAAGCACUGGAGACCCAGACAUUCAUAUGCCUUGGGCUGCUUCAAUUGAGAAUACCCUGGAAUACAAGUUCAAGGAUCGAUCCUUUUUAUUGCAGGCUUUUACUCAUCCUUCGUAUUCCAAUAAUAACAUUACGACUGAUUAUCAAAGACUUGAAUUCUUAGGAGAUGCACUUAUUGAUUAUUUGAUAACUGUACAUAUCUAUCGAAGCUGUGGAAAUCUAACACCAGGAGAUUUGACUGAUCUGAGAUCAGCAUUAGUGAAUAACAUAACUUUUGCCUGUCUAACUGUCAAGUACGGACUUCAUACAGGGCUCUUGGCUUUUUGUCCUACAUUGACAGAUGCAAUUGAUAAAUUUGUUUCUUUCCAAGAAGAAAAGGGACACAAAGUUGGGGAUGAUCUCCAUUGGAUUCUGCUGGAGGAGGACGAGUGCAACAUGGCUGAGUAUGUCGAGGUGCCAAAAAUUCUAGGAGACAUCUUCGAAUCUAUUAUUGGUGCUAUUUAUCUCGACACUGACAAAAAUCUUACCAAGGUCUGGGAGAUUUUGUAUUCUCUAAUGCACCAGGAAAUUAAGAAUUUCAGUGAGAAAAUUCCCAAGGAUGUCGUGAAAUGCAUUCAUGAGUCGCAGGGGGCACAUCCUCGCUUCUCCAAACCAGAAGUCCUUGAUAAUUCCAGUCUUAUGGUGGCUCUGGAGGUUGUCAUCGGAGGCAAGAAGAGAUUGUUCCAUGGGUUUGGCGCUACUGGAAAGCAGGCCAAACGAGCAGCUGCCAAACAAGCCCUCAAAUUCCUCCAUCGCACCCUACCAGGGUGAAUUUCUUUUUUUUUUCUUUUUUCAUAGUACUGUGUUUUGAAGAAAUAGAAUUUACUUCAUGCACCAUCUUCACUGUUAAUCAACCCCGUCAUUUUUUAUGUAGUCAAAAUGGAGUCUUCAUUGCCUAGUGUCUAAUUAUUAUGUUAUUGUGAAAUGUUUGAUCUUUUUAUAUGAAAAAUUAUUAAUUCAAUAAUGAAGAUUUGAAUUCGAAAUCUGUCGAUUGUGAGGCAACAAAUUAAUUUUUCUUCAAAUCUUAUUGAUUCUCUGAUUUUAUGAAAAUUCCAAUAUUUUCAAUAUACAAUAAGCAUAUAGAUGACAAAGAAAAAACAUACUAUUUGUUGAGCCAAAUAAACUAUUAAUGCUGUUAAUAGGCGCACAGAAUAAAGCUAGAAAAUAGUGAAUUUUAUGGUUUUGGGAUAUAUUGAAUUUGAUUGAAUGAUUCAUUCAGAAUGCACA